UUCAAUACCCAAAAAAGGAAUCUGCUUUUUGUUUCCAAAGAGGUUUCCGGACCCAGGAGUUCUCAUUCAGAUAAAAGGAAACACGUGGCAAAUAACUAUUUGUCAGAACGUCCUUGGCGAUAAGGAAAUGGAUGAUGAUCUUCUUCCAAAGAAGCGCUUGACAUUUCCCACAUCAUUUGCACUUUAAGCUUACUUAACUAGAAUUAAAUUAACAAGCUUCAAUACCAACGUGCAGGUGAGAAGGAACUGAGAAAAGAAAAGUCAUAAACAAGACAGAUAACAAGUUGUGGCAGAGAUGGCAUCUAUGACCAUGACAGUUUCUUCAUUGCUAAAUGGCUUAGCUUCAACCAUCACCAAGCCUCCGACAACGUCGACACCCCGCCGAGGUCUUGUAGUGGCUAAGGCCUCAAGAGCCUUGUUGGAAGGCGAGCGAACCACUUUGCAAGUGAAGGAGGAGAGCAGUGGAGGUAGGAGAGAAUUGGUGGUUGCUGCUGUGGCUGGAGCUGCAUGGUCCAUCGGUAAGGUGGCCGUGGCUGAGGAACCAAAGCCAGGUACCCCAGAAGACAGAUAACAAGUUGUGGCAGAGAUGGCAUCUAUGACCAUGACAGUUUCUUCAUUGCUAAAUGGCUUAGCUUCAACCAUCACCAAGCCUCCGACAACGUCGACACCCCGCCGAGGUCUUGUAGUGGCUAAGGCCUCAAGAGCCUCGUUGGAAGGCGAGCGAACCACUUUGCAAGUGAAGGAGGAGAGCAGUGGAGGUAGGAGAGAAUUGGUGGUUGCUGCUGUGGCUGGAGCUGCAUGGUCCAUCACUAAGGUGGCCGUGGCUGAGGAACCAAAGCCAGGUACCCCAGAAGCCAAGAAGAAGUAUGGUUCUGUUUGUGUCACAAUGCCUACAGCUCGUAUUUGCCACAAAUGAGGAGCGGUCAGGGAUUAGAAUAACUGUUUGGAUGCUGUUUGUAUAAUUUAUGAAAAAGUUAUGUACACAUUAUCUAUAUAAAUAUAUGUGCCUGCUUACUUUGUUUUGGACC